CAUGAACGUUCAUUAGUGCUGUUCAUAUUGUAAGUGGGGGUUUCUCGAAUGACUGUUAGAAACCAGACAAUCAGAGCAGAGUUUGUGUGGGUGGAUACUUGUGUAUCACCUGCACACUCUGUGUGGGGGAUUUGUGUGCAGUCAGUGAGGGACCAGUACUCACAGCUCAAUAAUGACUAGAGAGGUGUAAGGACCUGUAGGACAGCAUCACCUGAGCGUCAUACCUGUGUGGAACUUACAUUGUCCUUACAAAGACUUCAUGCUGCGUUCCAUUUUCAUAAUGCUUCUUAAGGAGACUGUACAAGCCUUAAAGGGGCCAUACCAGGAUUUACUUUAGUCUCUGAGUAAAAUAUAUCCAUGUAUCCCCACGGGCCAUACCAUGAAAAAUCUCAUUUGUGACACGCCUGGGCUUCCCUUAAGCUGCAAUUGCUCUUUUCCUUCCACGACUUGGACAACCCAAAAACUUGAGGUUGUCACAUGUGACUAAAACCUUCUAAUAAACCAGACUCACUGUGGGGUUGAGGGUUCAUCUUCUGUGGGGAACAUCUUUCCUGCUAGUCAGCAGGUCGUCUUCCUAAACUGUGUGUAUGUGCAGCUUACCUGCCACCGUCGGUGAUGUUGCCUCCACGCCGCCUGCACACUCUGCUGAAGCAGGCCGUGGAGCUGCAGAGAGAGCGCUGCCUGUACCACAACACCAAGCUGGACGGAGGACUGGAUGGAGGGCUGGACUCGGUGUCGCUGCUGCUGGACCACAGCUGCAGUCGGAAACAGUUUCCCUGCUACACUCAGCAGAUUCUGACAGAACACUGCAAUGAAGUCUGGUUCUGCAAGUUCUCAAAUAAUGGCACAAAGCUGGCCACCGGCUCCAAAGACACUACAGUCAUUGUGUGGCAGGUCAACAUGGAAACACAGCAGCUGAAGCAGAUCAGGACUCUGGAGGGUCAUGCCUACGGUGUGUCCUACCUGACAUGGAGUCCUGAUGACACCUAUCUCAUUGCCUGUGGGCCUGAUGACUGCUCAGAGCUGUGGCUGUGGAAUGUGCAGACGGGGGAGUUAAGAACAAAGAUGAGCCAGUCUCAUGAGGACAGCCUGACCUGCGUAGCCUGGAACCCUGACGGCAAACGCUUCGUCACUGGUGGACAGAGAGGCCAGUUCUACCAGUGUGAUCUUGAUGGGAACCUGCUGGACUCCUGGGAGGGCGUUCGAGUGCAGUGUUUGGGUUGUCUGAGCGAUGGCCGGACCGUUCUCGCAUCCGACACUCACCAGCGCAUCCGAGGGUACAACUUUGAGGACCUGACAGACAGAAAUAUAGUGCAGGAAGACCAUCCCAUCAUGUCCUUCACUGUUUCCAAGAAUGGGAGCUUAGCUCUCCUCAACGUUGCAACUCAGGGAGUCCAUCUGUGGGACCUGCAGGACAGGGUGCUGGUGAGGAAGUACCAGGGGGUGACUCAGGGCUUCUACACCAUCCAUUCCUGCUUUGGAGGGCACAAUGAAGACUUCAUAGCGAGUGGGAGUGAAGACCAUAAAGUUUACAUCUGGCAUCGCCGCAGUGAGCUUCCCAUCGCAGAGCUGACCGGCCACACUCGCACCGUCAACUGUGUGAGCUGGAACCCCACCCUGCCCGAGCUGCUGGCCAGCGCUUCUGAUGACGGCACCGUCAGAAUCUGGGGCCCCGUCCCCUUCCUGGAUGUGGAGGAGGCUGAGGGCUUCGGCAAUGCCAGCCUGAACAGCAACUGCUGCAGGAUGGAC